GCCUUCUUUCGGGGACCUCACCCGCAGUCGGUCCUAACCCUAGCGCCGCCGGCCGCCCCCACCGGCACCGGUCGUUCCGGGAAGGUUUCCUCGGCGUCAUCACUGCUCCUUUAUCUCCUCCUCCCCCCGCUCCUCGGGUGUAGAAACCAAACCCAUCUUUAAUCGAACCAAAACCCUACCCUAGCAUUAUGGAGGCCCCUCCGCCACUGCCCACACCGGCCCGCAUCCACUGCUACACGCCAUGCCCACAGCCGUGUGAUGAACGCCACAUCGCCGCUGACUACGUGGCCUGCCACGCGACUCCCUGACUCUGGGCCGCGUGCGAAUCCGGUCGCUUGUUGAGCCAUUGCGGAGGUCGUUGGCAUGUGGAUGACCAGGGACGACGGGGUCAACGGAGCAGGGCAGCGGGACUCCGUGGUGGAAGUUGAGGGGGCAGAGGGAUGCUCGCCGUUGGGAGUAGCCGAGGCGGCGGCAAAGAUGCUCGGAAGUCGAAAGUGGAGGAAGCUCAAGUGGCCGGGAGGAAUCGUGAGAUGCAGAGUGUGGAGGUGGUGGUGUGGUGAGGAAGAUAGAGAAGGAGUGCAUUUGGUUGGUCGAAGAAGCUGCAGGUGGCCUGCGAGGCUGGAACUGCCGUACACCGUGAGGGACGUCUCUGGUCACACCAACGAUCUCCAUGUCUGUGGCUUCAAGUGCACUGCAAGUGUUGAAUUGUGCUCCAGUGAACAACAGCCCAUUGGGGCAGUGUACUCAAACAGUGAUCCAAGCAGUCACAGUAGUGGAUCUGCAAAUAUUUUUAUCAAGGUAUUAUCUCAUCUUUUUAUUUGCUUCGACGGUCUUAAUAAUUGGUUUUCUCCAUAUUUAUUUCCAUGUGAGCAUUUUCAAAAUUUCUUUAUUCAAAAUCUUGAUAAGAAAAUUGACAACAAAUAAAUAAAAAAAUGAACUGGGUGGGAGGAGAAAGAAUAAGAGACAAGAGAGGAAAUACAUAGUCAUAUUAUAUUGUUUUGUAAGUUGUAAUAAUGCACAUGCUUCUUAGACUAGAUAUAAAGAUCUUACGUAAUAUAUUUGGUAGCAACAUAGAGAUAAUUGUAGUAAGAAUGGAGUCAACAUCCUAUGGGUGCACGACACCGCUAGGAAGCGAGCGGUUGAAUUUUGAUGUUGAUGUGCAUUUUAUG